UGUUUCAGUUCAGACAGGAGAUUCAUUUCAAGUUAUGGAGCUCUUCUUCUUCUUCUUCCUUGCAGAGUAAUUGAGAGAUUCAGUUGCAAAUUAAUUAACAAGCUAAGCUAGCAUUCUGUUACGAUGAAUUCGUCUGCAGAUCCAUGGAUCCAUGAACAGCUGGGAUUGGAGAACAGCAGCAGGCAGUAUAGUUCGUGCAUGGAUCAGUAUGAUUUCAUGGAUCCCUUUGAUGAAGAAUUUGCAGCAUUUUUUGGGCAAUCAGAUCAUGAUCACCAGCAUAAUAAUAAUAAUAAUAAUAAUAAUAAUAAUAAUAAUAAUAAUAAUAAUAAUAAUUGGGCUUCUCAUGAAACGCUUUCACCUUCUUCCACAACCUUGCUGAAUAAUCAUAAUAAUAAUAUCCCUAACAUCAUUAAUAAUGAUUCCCUGGAACAAUCUUACAAUUUGACAAACAUAAUCAAUCCUGAUUUCAACACUCCUCUCGAUGCUUCUACUUCCAUCCUUAAUUUCGUCGACCAAACUUCUUGGGAACAAAUUUUCCAACAGACAUUGCAUCCAUGUUCGAAAGUCGUCGUGGCUGAUGAGGGAGAGAUUCAUGCAGUUCCUGAAGUUAAUAAGCAAUGUGCAGAAAUGGGUAAUAAUAUUGCCAAGUCGUCGAAGAAGAGGACUCGGACAAGGCCACUGUCGCAAACCUACGACCACAUCAUCGCCGAGAGACGCCGGCGGGAGCAGCUCAGCCAGUUAUUUGUCUCCCUUUCUGCCCUAAUUCCAGGCCUCAAAAAGAUGGACAAAAGCUCAGUUCUUGAGGAUGCAAUAAAGCAUCUGAAAUAUCUUCAGGAGAGCGUGAAGAGGCUGGAGGAGAAAGUCCAGAGGGAGGGGACGCAAUCGACGGUGGUGGUGAAGAAAUCGCAGGUGGUGGAGGACGACGUCGUCGAGGACUCCGACGAGGUCGUGGACGAGCAGGCGCUGCCGGAGAUCGAAGCCCGAUUCUGCGACGGGCAGGUCCUUGUCAGAGUGCAGUGCGAGAAGGAGAAGGGCAUUCUCGUCAAAUUACUUUCCAAGGUGGAGACUUUCCGCAUGACCGUCGUCAACACCAGCGCCAUGGCUUUCGGGAAUGUCGCCCUCGACAUCACCAUUGUUGCACAGCUGGACAGAGAAUUCAGCCUCACCGCCAAGCAAAUCGUGACGGGCAUUCGCGCAGCUCUCCUGCCCGGCUGCAACUAAAAUAUAUUUACGGCCGGCUCGGGCAACGUCGGCCGGAUUAUAGAUGUACUGUAGUUAUCGUUUGUAUUUGGGUAAUUUGAGACUUUUUGAGUGUGUAUGAUAUUUAUACUUUGUAAUUUUCGGGUUUGGGCUUGGGCUUGGGUUUAUCUGUCUUGAGGAACAAAUAAAUUAAAUAGUGGGUUAAUGAAAAACAAACUAAACAAGAGAAUAGAGUAUGUUAAUGGACUGGGCUGGGCCCUCUUCAUAGCCCAACUAUGAAGUCCAAAAGUAACUACAAAACCACAUGAUAAGGAAGAAACAGUGAGUGUACGUUUCCGACCAAAGUACAACUGUGUGAGUGUGUGAAUGAUGAAUUGCACCGACAGAGACAGAGAAGCUGGUCGUAUGUUGCGCACU